AUGUCCUCUCUCCAAGACAACAUCCGCCAAACCCUCGACAAACUCCUCCCCAGCAUAAAAAAACAACACCAAGAAGCGCCACACGACCCCAUCAUCCUAGGCAUCACGGGUCUCCAGGGGUCCGGGAAAUCCACAUGGGCAUCUACUCUCGUCAAACUGCUAUCCACCGAGCACGGCUUAUACACGGUAACUGUCUCGCUGGACGAUUUCUACAAGACACACGAGGACCUGGUAGCGCGGCGCGACAAAGACGCAAAUAACAAGCUAUAUCGCACGCGGGGCCAACCGGGCACCCACGACGAACAGCUCGCCGCCAAAUUCUUCCAAGACCUAAAAAACUACGCCACACAGCCUACCCAGCGCCCGCUGCGCAUCCCCCGCUUCGACAAGAGCCGCUUCAACGGCGCGGGCGACCGCGCCCCAGAAGCCCAAUGGCCAACUAUAUCCCAGGCGCCUGCCGUCGUCGUCUUCGAGGGCUGGUGUCUGGGUUUCCAACCGCUACCUCUAUCCGCGCUGCAGCAAAAACACGCCCUGGCCCAGCAACACAAACUACCCGUCAACACGCCCGCCCAGCACGACAUCUCGCACCUAGCCGAAGUCAAUGAGAAUCUCAGACGCUACUGCGACACGUUCAUGGGGCCCCGCCAUUUCCACUUUUUCAUCCACAUCGACACGAGUGACUUGCGCAAUGUGUAUGCGUGGCGUGCUGAGCAGGAGCACAGGUUGAUUGAGGAGAGGGGUCAGGGCAUGUCGGAUGAGGCUGUUAGACAGUUCAUAGAUGGGUAUAUGCCGAGUUAUGAGAUUUAUCUGGAUGAGUUGCGCAAGUGGUUUUUUGAAGAUGCGGGGAGGAUGGUGAGGGUUGUGUUGGAUGCGGAGAGGAGGGUUGAGCGGGUUGAGGUGCUGUAGGUGUGGUUGUGGCUGUGGUGCU